UUAUUCUCUGAAAUCAAUUUUAAAAAAUAACACAAUCACCUGAGACUGUCACUGGAAGCCCUGGGAAGGCAGGUCCCUGAUGUGCAGUGUCCCCCUCCAGGGAGGCUGUGGGUGCCCAGCUCCAGGUCUGGGAGGUGCACCCUGUGGCUCUGAAAUAUGCACCUGAGACCGUUCGCUGCAGCCCCUCAGACUCUGGUUGGUGGGUGGGCUGAGGCAGGGCCUCCAAACCCUCGGUCUCCCUUGGCGUCUUCCUGUCCAGUGUCUACCCUGUGCCCAAGGCUGGCCCUGCGCAGUCAGCUGAGGGCCAGAACCCAGCGUAGGUUUCCAGGUGGGGAGACUCCUUGUAUGAUGAUAGACCCCAACACUCCUGGUGGUAUGUUCCCCAGAAACGGCCCCAUUGUGGAUGGGUCUGCCCUCCCGUGACAUAUCUCCCAAGUGGCUUUCUCAGGCCAGCACCAGCUCAAGGCUGCUUCCCGGGCUGGGGGAACAGGUGCUGGGGGCCUGCUGCUUUCUUCAGAGGAUCUUGCAACUAAGCUGUGGCUGGAUGUGGGAAGUUCAUCCCAGGCUGAGACAUAUCCUCAGCCCUCGCCUCAUGGGAAGAAGAGGCAUGGCCCAGCGAGGGGCAGUGUCCACUGGCCGGUGCCCAGCCCCUGAUCUCAACACGGUGUGAGCCCUUCCCCUCUACCCUGUGCCCUCUCCCCACCACGACUCAGCACAGCGGAAGUGGCUCAGGCAGGGCUUGUGGCCCAAUCCCCAAGGCCUGCCCCCCCCCCCCUUGCACCCUGCCGCCUCCCAUCUGCCCUGUGGGCUGCUUAUCGGGUAACCAGAGCUGGGAGCUGCGUCCACGCCUGAAACAGGAAGCCCGGGCCUGUGCGUGAGCCCUGAGAGCCUGCGGGUGGCUGGGCAGGAGGAUGGAGGAGCAGCGGGCGCUGCUGGCCGCCAGGGACGGGGACCUGGCCACCUUGGAGCAGCUGCUGGAGGCUGGCACCCUGGGGGCGGAGCUGUGCUGGCUGGUGCGUGAAGGGGGCUGCGGUCUGCAGGACCAAGAUGACUCGGGUGUCUCCCCGCUACACCUGGCCGCCCGCUUCGCCCACCCGGUGCUGGUGGAGUGGCUGCUCCGAGAGGGCCACGCAGCCACGCUGGAGACGCUGGAGGGGGCCCUGCCGCUGCACCACGCCGCUGUCAGCGGGGACCUGACCUGCCUGAAGCUCCUGGCAGCUGCCCACCGCAGCAGCGUGAACCGGCGGACACGCAGCGGCGCCUCCCCGCUGUACCUGGCCUGCCAGGAGGGCCACCUGCACCUGGCCCAGUUCCUGGUGAAGGACUGCGGCGCCGACGUGCAUCUGCGCGCCCUGGACGGCAUGAGCGCGCUGCAUGCUGCCGCCGCCCGCGGACACUACUCUCUAGUUGUCUGGCUGGUCACCUUCACUGACAUCGGCCUGACCGCACGGGACAACGAGGGGGCCACAGCCCUCCACUUUGCAGCACGAGGUGGCCACACACCCAUCCUCGACCGGCUGCUGCUGCUGGGCGCCCCCAUCAUGAGAGACUCCUGGGGUGGGACCCCCCUGCAUGACGCCGCAGAGAACGGACAGAUGGAGUGCUGCCAGACCCUGGUCUCCCACCGCGUGGACCCCUCCCUGCGGGAUGAAGAUGGCUACACGGCGGCAGACCUGGCGGAGUACCACGGACACCAGGACUGCGCCCAGUACCUGCGGGAGACGGCCCGGCCGGUGCCGCUCCUGAUGACACCUCCGCCCCCACCAUUCCCCCCUCCUCCACUGUCGGCUGCGAGGCGCUCCCCAGAGGAUGGAAGAGGGGGCUCAGGUCUCAGGAGCCCCACCUCAGCGUCUCUCAGCCCCGCCUGGCCUGGCCAGUCUGACCAGCCUCUUCCGAGGGAGCAGAUGACCCACGCAGCUGCCCUGGGGAUCAGCACCAGCGCCCUGGUUGUCACUACGGGGGCAGAGACAGCGGCAGGGGAUACCCCCCAGGGCCUGGCCGCACUACAGCUGGAUGGACUGCCCUCUGGCGACCUCGACGGGCUGGUGCCCACGCGUGAUGAGCGCGGCCGGCCCAAGCCAACUAGUUUUCUAGCAGAGCAGACACCCACCUUCUUUGAAGGGGAAGGCUGGGCCCCCACAGGGCUGGGGUAUUGCCCUGCGCUUCCGUCUCUAAGUCCAGGCAAGAGCCAGCUGGUGUCCAGGGCUGGGCUCCCAGGGGCACUGGGAGCAGGCCACCUCGGGGAGCUUGAACCAGCAGGAAGGAGCAUGCCCUCCCAGCACCCGCUGACUGGCCCUCCUUGUGCCCAGGAGGACGGCGGGAGCGUGGGCCCCACGGAGCAGGCGGCCUGGCGGUACUCGCAGACCCACCAGGCCAUCCUGGGCCCCUUCGGGGAGCUGCUGACGGAGGACGACCUGGUGUACCUGGAGAAGCAGAUCGCCGACCUGCAGCUGCGGAGACGCUGCCAGGAGUACGAGAGCCAGCUGGGUCAGCUGGCCGCAGAGCUGCAGGCCCUGCUGCCCGAGCCCCUGGUUAGCAUCACUGUCAACAGCCACUUCCUGCCCCGGGCGCCAGGGCUGGAGGGCGAGGAAGCCCCAUGCCCAGUGCCAGAGCCCUCAGGCCCUGAGGUGGCCGUAGAGGCUGUGCAGGGUGGGCAGCCCCUGCCCUUCUGGUGCAGCCACGUGGCGCGGCUGGUGCGAAGCAUGUCGCUGCUGCUGAAGGGCAUGAACGGGCUGGUGCAGGGUGAGGAGAAACCGGCCGUGCAGCCCCCCCAAGAGGCCAGCAGGGAGGCCCCGGCCAGCCCCCCACAGAGCGAGGCCCAGCGUGAGAUCCAGGAGUGUGGGGUGUCUGUGCGGACGCUCCGUGGCAACUUUGAGUCGGCCCCCUGCCUGCCCUGCAUCCCAAACCUCGGACCCUGUGAGGCAGGGGCCCCUCCCGGGCAGUGCCCCAGAGCCUACUGGCCCGCCCCUCCGCAGCCCCGUGGCAGUCCAAUCGGAGGGGAGCCCGGGCCGGGCGACACCGAGGAGGCCAGCGACUCAGGCAUCAGCUGUGAGGAGGCCCCGUCGGAGGCGGGUGCCGGGCACAGCCCUGACCUGGCCAACCUGCGGAAGGAGCGCAUCGUCAUGCUGUUCCUCAGCCACUGGAAGAAGUGGCCUAGGGCCCAGGGCCUCCUGUCUCCCGAGCAGUUCCUGCCCCACGUGGACGGGGCGCCCGUGCCCUACGGCAGCCUCACGCUGGACCUCUUCAUGCUGGGCUACUUCCAGCUCCUGGAGUGCGACCUGCCCGCAGAGGAGAGAAAGAUGCGCCACCUGCUCUGCUUCGAGGUCUUCGAGCACCUGGGCGCCCAUGGCUGGGAGGCCGCGCGGGCCUUCCACAAGGCCGUGACCGACGAGGUGGCCUCCGGCCGCCGGGCCUGGACCGAUGGCUUCGAGGACAUCAAAGCCCGCUUCUUCGGCUCCAACCGCGGUCCCGCCUGGGACGCCGAGCCUGGCCGCAAGUCAGGCCUGACCCCGCUUGGGCCCCCGCCCCACACCUCCAGCCCCAGUGGCGGCCCCGAGCCUGCAGCUCAGCGGCUGGGGUCCAGCUCCCAGCGGGGCAGCUUCAACAGCGAGGACAUCUGUGGUUACAUCGACCGAAGCUUCGCCUUCUGGAAGGAGAAAGAAGCUGAGAUGUUCAGCUUCGGAGACUGAGAGGGCCGGCAGCCCCUUCCGAGGGCCCUGGGGUGGUUUCGGUUCUCUCUCCUCUUGUCCUUUUUCACCCACCUGGUGGCCAGGUGAGCCCGCCAGGCGGGCAGACACUCAGCGUGCCAGCGCCCUCUAGGUCUGCCCUUGAGUCCUUCCUCCUCGGCUCUGGGCUCAGCCUCAGAAUCCUCUCACCACCGACCCCAAGAGGCCUCUCCGCUGUCCUUCAGCCCCGAAGUUGACCAACUCCUGUCCCAGCCCCAGGUCCCUCUGCCUGACUGUCCCCUGUGCACCUGGAUCCCAGUCCAUGUUCUCCGUGGGUCCUCCUCCCAGUGCCUGCGUGUCUGGCCUCGGUUUCUCCUGCUGAGCUCAGGCUGCCCCUCCACGUCCCCUGGC